CAUGACUUGGUACUGCCACCUUCGGUCCGCUCUCAGGACAGCACCAUGGCGAACGCAUGAACGCUCUUUCUCGCCAGCAUUCCCCCCUCGGUCAUAUCUCUCUCAUGCUGCCGGCGUAUCCAGGAUUCCGUGGUUUACCUCCAUUCCAUCCUUCCGGGAGCAAGUGGCGAGGUCAAGUAAGGUGCCAUCCUUUGGCGAACGGGUCAGGUGUCCGUCAGUGAGGAAACAACUCCUGUUUUUUGGGAUCGGCUCCUUCGUCGUUUUCUCCCUGGCGGCCGGGACGACCAACGACGAAACGUUCGCAUGGUCGGUCCGGCUGACGUUGUCUGCGCCCGCGUGGAGGCACAGACCACCGACGAACGAUGAGAUGCGACGAGCGAGAUAUUACGCACUUGGAAAGACAUUGCAGCAACGUUUGGUAUUGCUGAAGGAAGCCGUGGACGAAUGGCCGCAAACGCUGAAAGUUUUGAUGAUCUGGGCUUAUGUUCAAGUAGCACAGCCCAUCCUAGACACCUCGGAGACAAGGCGGUGGUGCUGGGCAGUGGGCGCGUUGAACGGGAUGCUAUACCUUGCAUGGCACUUUCCGCGCGCAAAGCCAAUACUGCGUGCCAAGUUCACCCAUAACCCUCUCUCCGGGCUCUCAUACACUAUGUUGACAAGCCUCUUCAGCCAUCGGUCACUUGUACAUGUGAUCACUAGUUCUAUGCUAGUGGCCGCAUUCGGCUCCGCGACGGCCCAUCAUCUUUUCGAGGCGCAGAGCGAGGGUGCGGAUAAUUUGAGAGAAGCAACACCAAAGUGGCACUUCCUUGCGUUUUUCAUAUCCGCUGGGGUCUUCGCCAACCUCGUCUCUCACGUGGCUUACUCACGCAUCACCUACCCUCGUUUGGUCGCUCGUCUGAGAUCUUUGCCUCCUACCACGCCUGGUGGCAUUUCAGCAACUACGCCGCGAAGCUUCCUUGCCCAAGUGUUUCGGCCCAAGCAACCGCUCAGCGCACAACCGAGUGAUAACGUACCACCCGGCUUCGGUGCAUCGGGGGUCGUCUAUGCCACAUUGGCGUUUGCCGCUCUCGCGUACCCCGACACUGUACUGGCGAUGCAAAUACCACCCACGUUCCCGCUCCCUAUACAGUACGCGGUUGGCUCCCUACUCGUGCUCGACGUAAUAGGUAUUUGGCGUGCCUGGCGGAGAUUCAAUCACUGGGCGCAUCUAGGCGGUGCUGCGUUCGGUGCGUUCUACUGGGCGUACGGCCCGCAAGCUUGGGAGUUCUUCAGGGAAGCGGCGCUCGGCGGCUUGCCCCCGUCCUUGACCAUCUUACCCGGACCGAAGGACACGAGUGAACAACCAGACUCCGCUUGACAAAGACCGUACAAGCACACUGCUGCGUUGUGCAGUUUCCAUGGACAGCGCCUGGCAUUCUUGGUAACUUAUAAAGCUAUGAAUACAUUUUUGCUUUAUUUUUCAGCAC